AUGGGUAAGCCAAGAGGAAGAAAGUUGUUGAAAAAGCAACAGAAGGAGGAGGAGCCAGAAUUCUCCCCCGACCUACAAGACAAAUUGAAUGAUGUUGAUAAUAGCGUUGCUUCCAUUAAUGGCGAGCCCAAUACAUUCUUUGGUGUUUUGGAUACCGAAGAGCUAGAGUAUUAUAAACAAGCGGAGUCAACUCUAGCAAUUGACACCUUUGAAACGCCGGAAGAGAAGCAGCAAUUUAUUCAUAGUGUUAUUGAAGAGAGUAGGAACAAAGAACUGAAGCUUGCUACAUCCCAGAUUUGCUCCAAACUCAUGGAGCGGUUGAUUCUUGCAAGUGAUGACUUGCAGCUCAAGGCUAUGUUUAAGAAUUUCAAUGGUUUCUUUUUCAAUUUAGCAUGCCAGAAAUUUUCAUCGCAUGUAUUAGAAACUCUUCUAGUUAGAAGUGCAGCUCUGGUAGAAAAGGAACUUCUUACACCCAGCUUUGACCAAGAAACUUCCAAUGAGGAUGAUGAAGAAGUUUACGCUUCCAUGGAAAAUUUGUUCCUUUAUAUGCUCAAUGAAUUUGAGCCUCAUUUAAGAACUAUGGUCACGCAUCGUUAUGCAUCACACGUUUUAAGACUGCUUCUUUUAAUCCUAUCUUCAAAAACUCUCCCCAGCACCACGAAAGCCAACUCUUCGCUUAGAUCAAAAAAAUCAAAGAUUGCUCGUAAAAUGAUUGACUUGAAAGAUAAUGAAGAUUUCAACAAAACAUAUAAAACCCCGGAUUCAUUCAAAGUCAAGCUCAAGGAACUACUAUCUUCCCUAUACGAAUCAUUAACUUCAGGUGUCAAAAUUGGGUCCUCCAACUUUGAAAAAAUCAGCCCAACUGCUAUCACAAAAGCCAGAGAGCUUUGUGUGGACCAAGUAGCCUCACCUGUUCUCCAGCUAAUCAUUCAAAUAGAAGGUAUUUUCGAUCGUGAUAGGUCAUAUUGGCACCUUGUCUUUUCUUCCACGAGUGAGAAAAACUCCAAGGAAGAGGCUUUUGUGGAGUAUUUACUAUCGGACCCCGUUGGCUCUCAUUUUCUACAAAAUGUGAUUGGAUUUGCUAGGACCAAGUAUGUUGAGCGCCUAUACAAUCUCUACAUGAAAGAUCGCAUCUUGAAACUGGCCAAAAGAGACAUGACAGGUGCUUUCGUCGUCCAAUCUUUGCUAAAAACUUUACAUCAGAACGAAGUGAGACGGAUUUUAAGCGAUUUAAUUCCCGAAUUUAGUCUGUUAUUGAACUCUAAUAUGGAUUUUGGUACUGAGGUUCUUGAUGCAAGUAUUCGACAAGAAAACUAUAUGAGAGACGAGAUCAUUAUUCAGCUGGUAAAGAAAUACUAUUCAGAAGAUUCAGAGCCUAAAAACAUUUUGGAGAGCUGCUUGAAGCUAAGCUCCUCUACGUUGGGUAAUACGAGGGAUGAUUGGCCAACUGCAGAAGAAAGAAGAAGGUCUCUGUUCCUCGAAAAGCUUAUCGACUAUGAUGACAAGUUCUUGGACAUAACUAUAGAAAGUCUAUUGGAUUUGCCUGAGGAAAGACUUCUUCAGAUGUGCUACCAUGGUGUGUUUUCACACGUUGUAGAACACGUUUUGCAGGUCAAAAGAGUUGAUAAAAUUAGAAGGAAACGCUUACUAAACAUCUUUUGCACCGAUAUUGUUAAUUUGUCUUGUAAUGCGUACGGUUCUCAUUUGGUAGACAAACUUUGGGAUUUCACUGCUCAAUUAGCAAUGUAUAAGGAGAGGAUUGCAACCAGUUUAACCGCCGAAGCCGAGAAAGUCAAAAACAGUAUUUACGGCCGACAAACGUGGAAGAAUUGGUCUCUAGAUAAAUUCAUACGGAAACGGUUCGAUUGGAAAAGAUUAGUGAAGGAACAAGAAUUAGAGCUGUUUCCAGAUGCGCAGCCAUUGCAGCCUAAAAACUUCAAGGGUGGAAAACGUCAAGCGGAGGCGCAGUCAAAAUCACCACAUUUAAAGAAGGGCAAAUUCAGUAAAUAA